AUGGUCGAAGAAUAUUCACGUUACAUGAAACAAUCAAGCAAAUUUGACAACGAUGAUAAUAGAUAUUUAUGUGAAUGCAAUCAUUCACAAUCAUUCGGAAAAAAUUGCGAAUAUUUUUUACCGGCCGGUACAACAUUCGAUGAAACAAUUCAUUGGGAAAUAAAAAUGAAAUUAGCUUUUCCAUGGAGAAUACAAAUGUAUGGUGAUAUUUUGUGUUAUAUAACAUUGAUAUGUGAUUAUGGUCUUUUAUGUCUCGAUUGGCGAGAUAUUUGCGAUGGAAAACAACAAUGUAUGUCAGGUUAUGAUGAAGAAAAUUGUGACAAGCUCGAAUUUAAUGAAUGCGAUGAUGAUGAAUAUCGAUGUAUGAAUGGAAUGUGUAUUCCUGAUGAAUAUUUUCUUGAUGGUGAAUAUGAUUGUAUGGAUUUGACAGAUGAAAAACAAUUAUUUGAUGAUGAGAAUUGUACAUAUCAAGCAGCGAAUCUCGAGUGUGACGACCGCAUCUGUCUUCCUAAUCGAUGGUCAUGUGGUGAUGGUCAAUGUAUAAAAAAACGAUUUGAUUUUCAAAAUAAGAAGGUAGCCAGUAUCGACUGUACGAAUAAACGUAGUGAAUAUUACAUAUGUGAAUCAUACGGUAGAUUUAAAAGAUGGACAUUACCGAAUGGAAAAUGUUAUUCAAGUAAUAGAUAUGAAGAAACAAAUGCUAAAAAUCGUACUGUUGACCAAGAAUGUGUUUAUCUAGUCAAAUGUGCUCUCUCACAAGGAGCAGAGAAACAAUGUCCAUGCAACGGUAGUGGUUGUAUCGACGCACUUAACAAAGUCUGUCCUUCAGUAAAUAUUCAAUAUCCAAAUGGUGGAAUUAUUGCUCCAUAUAUUCGUCAUUUCUAUAAUGUUACACGUAAUUGGAAAGAAAAACUUUCAGAUUUAAUGAUGUUUAAUGCAACAAUUAAAUGUCGAGGAUAUAUGAUUUAUCAAUAUACAACAGUACUACCAUAUUUAUCUGAAUUCGAUCUUCGAGAUUUCGAAGUAUUUCUAUGUUCAAAUAGUUCGAUCAGUUCUAUUAUUCCUGUGAAUGGUUAUGAUAAGUAUUGUUACAAUGAUUCGAGAACUUUUAAUAAUCAUUCGUAUAAUUUCAUCGAUAUAUGCAAGUAUUCGAUGGAAUGCAUUUCUGCUUAUCGUAUUGGUGAUGGAAUCGUCAAUUGUCAAGAUCAAAUGGAUGAAAAUCAAAGUGAAAUUAAUAUUUCGGAAACUUGUCAAAAUAUUCAACGUCAUCGUUUUCGAUGUUCACCUGAAGAGUCUAGUUGUUUACAUGUCAAUAAUCUUGGUGAUUUCGAUUCGAAUUGUAACAAUAGCUAUGAUGAAUCAUGGAUGGGAACAGACAUAAUACUAUCAAAAGUCGAUUGUAAUAGUCAAUUAAAAGAUGGAUGUGAAUUCAUUCGUCAGUAUAUUAAUAUUUCAUGGAAUUCUAAUACAAAUAAUAAUUAUAAUUCUACUUUACAAUUAAGUUCGACACGAAUACCGUUUCGUGCUUAUUGUGAUACAUUCUGGGAUUUAUACUCAAAGGAUGAUGAAAAUGUGACUAGAUGUCGAACAUGGUGGAUAUGUCUCGAAGAACAAUGGCAAUGUCGUACAGGACAAUGUAUCGACAAAAAAUGGGUACUCGAUGGUGAGUGGGAUUGUGCUGAUGCAUCCGAUGAAGAAAGUAUAUUCGCUUUUAAUGCUAAUUUAUCUGAUCAUAAUACGAAAAUUUUCAAAAAUCUCUCUAUACUACAAAAUAAGUUUAAACGUUUGUAUGGAAUCCAAGCAUUCUCGACAAUAUGCAAUUUGAGCACAGAGUAUCCAUGUCUUCGAGUGAAUAUGUCUGAUGGCCUCUAUAUAAUGUCACAUAAUCGACUUUGCAUCAAUCUAAAACAGAUUGGAGACGGUUAUCUAGAUUGUUUAGGAGGUAUUGAUGAGCGAAAUGUUCAAGAACAUUGUGAUCAAACAGGAAUGCUCGGACAUGAUUUCUUGUGUACGUCAAGCAAAACAUGUAUUACACAUUCGUCUGCCUGUAUUGUUGAAUGUCCAAACACACAUGAAGCAUCGAUUGCAUGUGCAUUAUAUGGAUAUUACAACUAUCGUCCGAAACUAAAAAAUUACCAAUGCAUAAAUCAUACACAGAAGAUACAAGCAAGAUGCGAUGGCAAAUACGAUUGUGUAUUUGGCGAAGAUGAGUAUAUGUGUGAUCGACGAAAUCUUUCGAAUCCCAAGUCUUUGAAUGCACUUUAUCGGAAACAGAAAGAACUAUAUGUGAGGAAUGCGGAACAAAAGCUUCAAUUACCACAGUUUCCUCUUGAUGCUAAUAAUACCAAACUCAACGAUAUCUUUAUGUCAAUGAACAGCAGUAUACCAACGAUUACUCCAUCAUCUGAGGUAACACCUAUUUCGAUUUCCUAUCUGUGUAAUCGUGGUAUCGGCGUUCCGAUACACAAUGGUUCCAUCGUUUGCUUUUGUCCGCCGCAGUAUUAUGGCGACAGAUGUCAAUAUCAUAGUGAUCGAGUGACCGUCUAUCUACAUCUCAACUUAUCCCAGUCGAUCUACACAGCAUCGACAGAUUCUGCAAUAGUAAUCAAGUUACUUGUUCUAUUUUUGUAUAAAAAUCAAGUACUAACCACUGAUGAAUUUCAUGUGCGACCCGUAGCUGCAACUAUCACUUAUAGUAAAAAGAUUGGUUACUUUCUUUAUUCUCGAUCAUUCAAAUUAUUACAAGAAAAGCGAGCGCGAUAUUUCAAUCGUUCGAAUAUCAUUCACGAGCACCAAUAUUCGAUUCGCAUUGAAGCUUUUGAAUUAAAUGUUGAUAAAACACCUUUACUUAUCGCAGUCUGGCAAUAUCCUAUCUAUUUCGAUUAUCUUCCCAUCUUUCGUCUUGCUAAAGUGCUUCGAUUAACUAAAUCGACAGAGAUCAAUGGUAAAACUCCUUGUUUGAAAAACCCUUGUAAUCAUUAUCAACAAUGUUAUCAAGUGCUCAAUGAAAAAUCUGCAUAUAUCUGUCUUUGUAAGAAUAAUUUUACAGGCAUUGAUUGUUCAAUUAUCGAUCAUAUGUGCACGAGUAAUUAUUGUUCAGGAGAUGCAUUGUGUAAACCAAAUUAUCGAAGUUUACUAAGUGGAAACAAAUUGCCAUACUGCGUCUGUCCAUCAACCCAUUUCGGUCAUCGAUGUGAAUUGAUGCACGAUAGUUGCAUUUCGAAUCCUUGUCAAAAUAACGGUACAUGUUUUCCAACAUUGAAACCAACUGAAUUCUCAUGUUUGUGUACCAAUCAUUAUCAUGGAAAACGAUGUGACAUAAAAAGACAAGCAAUUAGUCUCAAAAUCAAUGAAACCAUCGAACAUGAUGGAGUUGUCAUACAAUAUUUUGACAUCAAUUUCUCUUCACUCAAGCUAAUUCUUGUUCAUCAACAUCCAUACUACAAUCUUCCUCAUAUUUUACAAUACUGGCAUACUAAAACGAUAGCACCUGCCAUCAUCGUAGCUAAGUUAUACUGCAAUAUUCAGACGGAAAUCUAUUUGAUCUCACUUCAUAUGAAUGUCAGAUCAAUUGAUGGUGUGACACAAAUAAGCGAAAAAAAUCGAUGCGUACAUGUCCGUACAUUGUUCGAAACGAAUGAAGGUAUGGCAUAACUUCUAUAUAUGGCGUCUCCAUAAAAUGAACAUUCCUCUCUGUAGAGUCCUGUAGGGUAUGAGCAAGCUGCUCUGAUCUGUCCUGUCCCCACCUGUUCAUCAGCAAUAGAAAUAGUAUUGUCUACAUACUUGGAAGGUUUUGAAAAUAAGAGAAGAGGUUUUGAAUCAAAUCAAAUCAUUGACCGAUGUUGUCAUUAUAAACAUACUGAUCUUCUUGUUUCUUCCCGAAAUAUUGCAUCCAAACGCAAAUCACUAUCAUAUGUUUCACAUUUUUCUUCUGUUUCUAAUUCAAUUGAUCUGAAAUAUUUCCUAUGAGAGCAUCCAGCGAAUGGUUCUCAAUUGUUAUCAAUGUCAAUGUCAAUGUCUUCUUAUUCAGAAAAUUGUAUAUUUUAUCAUAAUUUGUGGCUAAGAUUGUCAUAACCAUGCGAUAUCAUAGGGAUGGUAUUUGUAGUCAGGAGUCUGAAUAAAGACACUUUUCACUAAAAAUAUAAACCUGGGUGUCUGUGGGUGUGGAUGUGAAUCGUCUGUUCACCCAUACUCGCAACCACCCCCUAGCCAAGUUGAAAGGAGAUUUCUAACAAAAAUCAUUUUGUCAGAGUUAGUUGUGUCCUAAAUACAUAUUACUCAUUUUGAACAGGAUUCACAUCGAGAAGUUAUACUAUGGCUUUUUUUUAUUUCUUCGUACGGUCACAGGACAGAGGAGGGCAGGUUAUAAGUAUCAAAAAUGCAGUGUCCUACAGAUCUCUACCUCUUUGUGGGCACACUGCUGGUCCAACAGAUUGACUUUUGCUGAAAUGCGUCUUUACAGUGUGAACACCUUCAUAUUACGAGUUCCUAUUGUACAGAAGAACAAGAGAAAGAAAACUUAUCCUUUUGAGAAAAUGUGACAGUGAGAUAAAAGAAAUUUUGUACAUUGAUUGUGGCUGUUAACAUGAUGUCACGACACGACCUAACGCAGGAAAUGAAAAUCUGUUUAAACGGAAGUUAAACGACUCCAGAGAAUAGCAAAUUGAUGAAACUCUCGGCGAAUAGUUCACUGCUCAACAAGCCAAGUAAAUUAUUCUCUCGAAUCAUAUUCGUGAGGGUAAGAGCGGAGUGAGUGGAUGGAUAUAGGUGAGAAUAUAUACUCUUCAUCCAUAUCCACCCAUGUAUGUGACGAAAUCAAUAAUAAAGAAGUGAUGUGGUCAACGAGAUGAUAUCAGUACACCACACUCUAAAAAAAUAGGUUUAUUUCUGAGUCUUAAAAGUUUCGUAUUUGCCUACGGAAUUACUUUAGAUUUCGUAAAAUGAAAACUAUUUCGCACUUUUCGUGCUAAAUCUGUUUUUGGUUCAGAAAAAUUAGAUGAAUUUAGUAUCUCUCAUACUAAAGCAUUUCAAAGUUUAGAAAAAUAUCACCGAGCUUCGCACUCUGCAUACGAAACCAUCACACCUUCCUAAUAUCAAAAAAAAAACUUUUCGUUUCGUUCUUACGGAAUUUCGCUUUAUUCAGUAUGAUUUAUAGAAAACCUUCGAUAAUCGCGUCUCAUAGAAAAGGAUUUCGUAUUUUUCAACGAAGCAACAGCAUCUGGUUGAUAUAGUGAAGGGUUCCGUAGUGAUCUCACGAUGUUCUUUAUAGUUUCGUAGAACGAAAGAAGGUGUGAGUAUGGAUCUGGAUACUAAAGAAGAAGAUACCCAUAUUCACACCCAUUCUUCGUACGAAACCUUUAUUACAGUAACCUGAAAAUAAUUUGAGUCGAAACCUUUUCUAUACGAGACCUAAAAAAAGUUUCCGAUUUCGUAUCAGUGGAAAGAACUUUUUUAGGUUUCGAAAAAGUCCUUUUUUGAGAGUGUAAUAAAUAGAAAAAAGCAAUGACACACAUAGUGAAAUGUGUAAAAAUAGUCAAUAACAUUAAAAACUCUUCAAUAUAGAUGCUCCUGUAUUGUGUGCACUUUCAGUCGGUCCCAUUGGUAGCCACGUGAUGAAAGUUAUGUUGUGUAUGAUUUUAUGAGAUAUUUAACAAACGAACCAAAUUUUAUGUAUUUAUUUGUAGAAAAUGCUGCAUUCAAAUAUCAUUUUCUCUGUCGAAAGCAUACGAAUCUAUUUUGUUUCGUAGACGAUUCGUACCUGUGCAUUUGUGAUAUAGGACAUUAUCGUGCCGAAUGUUUUAUUUAUGAUCAUUAUCUUGAUCAAUGUUUUAAUUGUUUAGUUGGUAGUCGAUGUCUCAAAGGAGACCUAUUACAAACAAAUGAUUUCAUUUGCCUAUGUCCACCAUGUCAUUCAGGUCGUUUUUGUCAGUUCAGUUCCGAAGCAUUGAGUUUUUCGUUUGAUUCACUUAUUGCUGAGAAUCGUCUCAUUGUACAACUAUUCUACUUGAUUCUUACCGCAUUGAUGUUCAUCAUUGGUACAAUAACCAACUAUGCUAGUUUUAUCACUUUCAAACGUUUGAAAUUACGCACAUUUGGUAUAUGCAAUUAUCUCCUCAUUUUAUCAUUGAUCAAUCAAUGUUCACUAUUUCCACUUUUGUUGAAAAUGGUUUAUAUACCACUGGGUUCAUCAAGCAAUAUUUCAUGCAAAAUAAUUUCCUAUACACUUUCGAUCUUUACUCGAUACUCAUCUUGGUUAACUAGCUGGAUCACUAUUGAGCGUGUCUGUUUUGUUUUGUUUCCUUUCAGUACUUUAUUAAACAAGCCACGUUUAGCCCUUAUCUUAAGUUUGAUUACAUUGAUCAUUAUUGCGACUAUGCAUUUUCAUGAACUCAUUGUUUAUACUGUUGCGAAUCUUUCAAAUGGAAGAACUUUCUGUGUCGGUAAUUUCGCUCGAUUUUCAACAUACAAUCGUGUUGCUGUACUUAUUCACUACAUCAUUCCAUUUUGUAUUCAAAUUGUGUCUAUUACUAUAUUGAUUGUACUUGCUACACGUAGUCGUUCACGUGCAACUCGAGAUCGAACAACGAUUGUAGAACUUCUCAAACGACAAUUUGUGAUUCAUAAAGAAUUAUAUGUUACUCCGGCAAUAAUUAUAUUGAGUGUCAUACCACACAGUGCUCUGACAUUCGGUUUGACUUGCAAUGCACUCUCAGCAGCAUGGCAACGACAUGCACUAAGUGUUACUUACUUUCUAUCAUACUCACCACAGUUACUCGGCUUUGUUCUGUUUGUUUUGCCAUCAACGAAGUAUUUCGAAGAGUUUCAGAAAACACAACUCGCUAAAACCUGGCUUUUUAAUUGGGUAACAUCUCGUAAGAAAAAAAUGGCACGUCCGAAAGCUAUCCAACAUAGUACUGCCAUCAGUUAAACAGCUAACUCGGUUGGAAAAAAAACGAUUUCUUCUGCUAUUUUAUUUAUACUGUUCUAUGGACAAGUAACAUUCAUCGCAUACUGACUUCACUUAUUCCUAAACUGGUUGAUUAUCGGCCUUUUUAAUGUCGAGCUUUCACGUCUAUUCGAAAUACUAAAGUCCAAAAUAAUCGAGAAGUCAACCAAAAAAAAAAUGAAUUCGUUUGACCCGAAAAACUUAGAGAAACAGGGUGUGGGCAUGGGUGGAUGUUGGUGUGGAUGUGGGUGAACAGGCGAUCCACAUCCACAUCCACCCAUACCCUUCUGAUUUUAGAUUAUCUCUUCGAAGAAAUGAACUUCAGUCAAAAUAAGGCAACUCAAUUAUAGUUUAUUAUCAAACAAUUAUAAAAAGAUUUCGUUAGAAAUCUUAAAGUAUCUUUAUGAUUUCAUGGUUCAUAUGACACAUUAAUUUCUGCAUUCUAUUAGCCUACUAAGUACAUAUCUAUCCUGAACAUAACACUUGUAUCAUAUGAAUAUUACAGAAAAACCGUUGAAUUCAUGUCAUAUUUUGCUAGAACUUUACGUCAAUAUUGCCAUCUUUUGAAGUUCAUGUGAUAUUGCCUAGAACGAAGAGUGGAUGUGGAUGUGAGUGUGGGAGUGUGGGUAUAGCUUUGGGUACGACUAUGGGUGUGAGUGUAGCUAUGGCUGUGGCAGGGGUGUUAUGUGGAGUUUCUCUGCAUCGCCACACGCAAACCUACACUGACACUCGACGGAAGCCUUUUGAGAUACAGUGAAUUACCACGAAAAUUUUGAAGUUCUGUGAGAUGCCUUUUCUCAGUGUGUGGCGAUGAGUGUGUUUGUAGAUACUAAUCAUAUCUUGUGGCACAGUGAAACCGACACUUACCUGCACAUCUACACCAAAACUGCACCUCUUUUUGUUGUUCGUACCAAAAGUUAUUUGAAUAUCAUCCACCGUUUUCUUUUUUCAAAUGUGUAUUUAUUGAACUCGUUCCUAGAAGAAUGAAAAGUCAUUAAAAAUAAAAUUGAAGCCGAUUCCUUGCGUAGAUUAUCUCGCCAUUUUAUUGACAUUCAUUAAAAAGCAAGUUUGGACAGAGCGAAAAUGAAAUUUAUCGCUGGCAAAGAAAAAAACAACAUUAAAUUUUGAUAUCUUUAUCAGUGGGUUUUUUCUACAGAUACUGAUACAAAUAGAAACCAUGUCUGUUUAAUAGAUGAAGCCUAAAGGUAGUUGCGGAAAGAGUCAGUGGUCUUUCGAAAAUGACGUGAUCACUGUGUCUGAAUAGCAUAAAAAAUUUCUGAAAUUAUACCAGAAGCUACCGUGAAUGCCUUGAGACUCACAAACAGUGAACCUAAUAAAACAACAAUAGUGUGCAGAUAAUUCGAAGAAAAUUAGAGUAAGGAAAUAAAACUCGAAAUAGAUAAUGUCAUAUCCGAUAAAAUAUCUUUCAAAAAGUUAUCAAAUUAGAAACUAUUUUCAGAUACAUUUUAAAACUGCCAUAAAACAUUUUGAAAAGAAGUAACAAGCCUAAAAUUUGUUUGUUCACCCAUAUAUAUGCAAGUUCUUUUUGAAUCUAUAUAAAUAACUGAAAGCUGAAUUGCAACUAACUGGAAAAGCAACGAGCCAACUCAGCAAGAAAAUUGAAAAAUAAUGUAGGAAUGAAAGAAUGCAUUUAGCAAACCAUGUUUUACUAAUUUGCAUAUAACAGUCUGAUGUAAUUUCUGAUAAAUGUAGGUCUUCUAUAACAAGGCCUAAUUCUCCUAUCAAAGAUGAUGCUGACACUAGUGUGACACUGAAUAAAAAAAUCGCAAAAAAAAUAUUGAUACAUCUUCGUACAUGUACUGUUGUGUAACAAGGAACAUUUCACGAUCUAAGAUGCCACCUCAAAAGAUUUCAUCUCCGUCAAAAAUAUCUACAUUAGAGUUUUCUGUAUGUUUCAAUAAGCCAAAACGUCGAUUCUUGAAUGCUUUAUGAGUUAUCGAUUUUUUUCAUGAUUUUUGACAAUUUUAUAGAGAACGUAACAGAAAGCUUUCUAAAAAUCUCUUAGUCUAAGUUCGAUUCGAAAACUCAAGCUAUUCAAAUACUUAAGCUGAUCCAUAGAAUUUUGACGACAGAGAAUAUUACCAACAUGUACUUCCAGAUAUCGGACAUACAUCUUCGAAAGUCAUCUAAAUGACUUUCAUCUAUCCUUCAAAAAGAAAAAAAUCAUAGAGAUUUUGAGGCUCAAAAAUUAUUAGAUGUCCUUCUUGAAAUGAUUUCUUGAAAAAUUCUUUCUCCGUUUUACGGGCUUGAAAGCUCGAAAAGAUUUUAAAUUGGAGAGAAACUUGUGUUCUAGAAUUAAAUCAAACAGAACUUUUCGUUUUUGACUUAUUUCUUGAAAAAACUGGGUUUUGUUUCAAUAAGACUACCUGUCUGUUUUUCAAAGGAC